UCAAAUUCUCAGUGAGUCGCAGCACAACGCGUGCCCGAAAGCGUAUUGUUUUCCAAAUUUGUUGUCUAGUAUUUAAUAGUGUUUUGUUGCUGCGUGUUUUGUCUCUGUAUAUAGCCAAGAGAUUAAACGACUAAAAAAAUCUUAUCAGUGUGUUAUCGCCUCUGCCGACAACCUAUAAGAUACGAGCCAAAGUAUAGAAACCGAUCAGUAUAGACGCGGACAUCAGCGAACCAUGAGUGGAAAUCGAAACACAUUGAUGGGGUGCAGCUUGGGCGGUGUGCUGCUCGCACUGCUGGCCCUGCACUCCCUGCCCCAGAGCAGCGAGGGAUCCAAUAUUCUGGGUGUGUUCACCAGUCACAGCCCAUCGCAUUUCAUAGUGCACAUGUCCAUCAUGAAGACGCUUGCCGAGAAGGGACACAAUGUGACAGUGGUGUCAUCGGUGCCGCCGAAGGUGACCCACAAGAGCAUCAAGCACAUUGUCCUUCCAUUGAGGGACGAGGAUGAGAAGAUGAUCCACGGUGGCAUGGUGGAUAUGGUCAAGCAGAAGCCCUCCAUUUGGACUACCAUGAAAUCGAUUCUUGGUUCGCUUUCCCUGCUUAUAAACACACAAGUGGAUACCCUGGAGGACAAGCGUUUCACGGAUCUCUACAACAACAAGGACAACAAAUUCGAUGUGCUCUUUGUGGGCUUCUUCUUCAAUACUUAUCAGGUGGGGCUGGGUGCAAAAUUUAAUUGUCCAUUGAUUAUUUCGUGGAUGUCACCGCCCUUGAGUAUGGUCAAUGAACUGAUUGGAAAUCCGGAGCUGUCAAGUGUCCCCCAAAUGCAAAUAUCCGUUGCAGCAGGCAAACCCAUGAACUUCCAGCAGCGUGUCGCGAAUUUCUUCAGCACUGCCGGUUUCGGAUUGCUAGGAAAAAUUCUUGACCACAGAUACAAGGGAUUCUAUGAACGCCUUUGGGGCGAUGACAAGAACAUGCCCAGCCUCGAGACAGCAAAGAAGAACGUCUCUCUGGUCUUCUGCAACAGUCAUGGCAUCAGCGAGGGUCCCGUCCGUCCGAAUGUGCCCGCCAUUAUCGAAAUCGGUGGCAUUCAAGUCAAGAGCAAGCCGGAUCCUUUGCCAGAGGAUAUCAAGGAGUUCAUGGAUAAUGCCAAAAAUGGAGCAAUUCUGUUCAGUCUUGGCUCGAAUCUCAAGGCCGAGUAUUUCAAGCCUGAAGUGGUGUCAACCAUCUACAAGACUCUGUCCAGCCUGAAGCAGCGUGUGAUCUGGAAGUGGGAGGAUCCCAAGAACACCCCCGGCAAGUCUGCAAACAUACUGUACAAAAAGUGGCUGCCCCAGGAUGAUAUCCUGGCCCAUCCCAAGCUCAAGCUCUUCAUCACGCAUGCGGGCAAGGGUGGCAUGGCCGAGGCCCAGUACCAUGGAGUGCCAAUGCUGGCCCUGCCCGUCUUCGCCGAUCAGCCGGGAAAUGCAGACAAGAUAGUGGAGAACGGCUAUGGCCUGCGCUUGGAGCUCACCUCCCUGGACGUUAAGGAGUUCAAGGAGGCCAUCAAUGAAAUUGUCAACAACCCAAAGUAUGCCAAAAAGGUGCAGACGUUCUCCAAAUUGUAUCGCGAUCGCCCGCAGACACCCCAGGAGUCGGUUGUCUACUGGACAGAGUAUGUAAUCCGUCACCAUGGCGCUCCUCACAUGCAGAGUCCUCUGGUCCAUAUGGGCAUUAUCGCUAGCAACAAUCUGGAUAUUUAUGUCCUCGUGGCACUGGCACUAUAUCUGAUCUUCCUCAUCAACAAGGUUGUGUGGACGUUUUUGUGGAGAAAAUGUACCGGAAAAUCGAAGAAAGCGCCACAGAACAAGAAGGUUAAAAAGCAAUAA